AUGACCCAAUUUUUUUCUUCAAUCAGAAAUUAAUUUGAAAAUUUCCUUGAUUUUUUAUUUUCCUCUUCAAAAAUCUCUUCUUCAUUCUUCUCUUCUGAGUUCUGAUCGAUUUCCUGAAAGAUUCAACAUUUCCAUAUCCCAUCCUUUUGCCAUCAUCUAUCUAACUUCAAUAUUCGCUUUCCAUUUUCGAUUACAAGACUUUCCAUUUCCAUGUCGCCGGCGAUUUUGGUACACACCUGACCUCUCUCUUUUUCUCCCUUACUUCUCCUUCGCCUUCCUCAAUUCGAAUCCAGAGAGAAUCUAAUACAAACAAUGAGCAACUUCGGCGACUUGAAUCACGCCUUCUCUGGUGCGGGUCGAACCGGAAAUAACCCUGACCCGAGUUUCAAUUCAGCGCCGUUUUCUCGCCCUUCUUCUGGGCUCUCCAAGCCGAGACUCUCUAAGGUCAGACGGCAAGUCAAGCCUCAGAGCUUGAUGAAACCCUCGCUGACUUCCGAUUCCUUACCGGGUCAGAGUUUCAACCCGUUUCAUUACCGCGGCUCUUUCCCGAUAUCCACCGGUGAUCCACUUCCGGGUCAGACCGGAAUUGGCCUGAGCAGUAAUGAGGCUUUUGUAUUUGGAUCAAUGGGUGGAGGAGGGUUGAUCUCUGGUGACGAAGCUGGGAAAAGGAUUAUGGAGGAAUUAGGGAAGCUGAAGAUUGAGGGUGAAGAUGGUUACAAGAAGAGUGGGAAUUUAGCUUCGAGCCUUCCUGGAGAUAUGCAGAAUUUGAAUAUCAAGGAUUCUCACUCCAGCUUCAGUUUCGGUGACAAUGCGAGGAGAAACGUGGAAGAUGAACUUCCAUCUCUGUUGAGUAAUAAACUGACAAUUGAUCCCAGCAAAGAUAGUUCUUCUUCGUGGAGUACAGGACAUGUGAUCCAGGAAAGUAUGGAGAAGAUGAACAUAUCGGAGAAGGUGACUGAUCAACAAAAUAAUAAUGUCAAGUCCAAAGGAAAACCCGAGUCCCUGGGUUAUGUUGGGGAGAAGAUACUAUCUGAUGAAAUGUGUAGAAAGUUAAGCGUUGGAAGUAUAGCUACUGAGGGGAUCAACACAGGGCAUGCAUCAGCUGAGAACCCAUCCGCAGAAUCACUUCAGGGAAGUGUGAAUGAGAAGAAAGUUCAUGAUCUAAACAGUUCUAGUCCGAUGAAUUAUACCUUUGUAGGUACAGAGGCAAGUGCGCAUCCGAAUCCUAGAAACGUUCAUGAUGUGCCCUCUACAGUAAAUACUGCAGAGUUUAAUUUUAUGAGCAGCAAUCAAGACAGUGCGGGGACGAAUUUUAUGGAGUUCAAGACCCCCAAUUCAAAAGUAAACCCAUUUUCUAGCUUGGACCAGAGAUUGGGGUUCAAUGCAAAGAAGGACAAUGUUGGUGCCACCAGAGGGAGAAAGAAAGUGGGUAAGCAGCCUGUGAAAGUGCAGCUAAAUAUUGGACAGGAAUUUGCUUUUGCAGAAAGUGCGUUUCCACAUGGAAGCAAUGAGGCUCCCGAGUCUUAUUCACCGAUGGAUGUAUCUCCAUAUGAGGAGACAGCACAUUGUAGAGACUCUCCUGCUGUAUCAGAUCAGUUUACGAAUCCUGACCAAGGCCAUCUCUCAUCUGAUAUACCGGCUGCUGCUCCAAAUGAUGUGUUUGAUGCAGAGCUUGUUGCUGCAACUGAACGGAUGGAAAUAAACGAGGAGGAUGAAGUUAAUAACUAUCAAGCUAAGGAGCUUAAUACUGGUGAAUGUGCUGAUGGUGAAGACCUUGCUGAAGAUUCUAUAUCCGGGGCUGAAACGGAAAGUUUCAAAUCAGCAGCAGAAGAGAUGGAGACUAGUAGUGAGACUUUCGUCACAGCUUCAGAAAGUGAGGUUACUUCAAGCUUUAAGCCUGAUAGGCAAGAAAAUGACGACCAUUCCCUUUUUAAUUCGAAGGCUGCUAGCUCCAGCUUUACCUUUUCUGCUUCAUCGUUUUCUGGAGUGCACGGGCAACCACCAAUUCCAAAGCGUAUCAACAGGAAGAAAAAUCCAGUGAAACUUGGGCAGGAUCCAUAUAUUUUAAUUCCAAAUGCUUCAUCAUUAAAAUCUUCUCAACAUUCGCCGUUAACUGGUGUUCAGUCACACUUGUCUAGUCGGAAACCCAGUGAAAGGGAUCCGUUUACUCGUCUACACAAGCCUAUUAAUAAUUCUGUGAUGGACAAUGCACGAGACGAAAAAGAUGUGUCUAAUGCAGCGCAAGAAGCAUGUGAAAAGUGGCGAUUAAGAGGAAACAAUGCAUACAAAACUGGAGAUCUUUCCAGAGCUGAGGAAUCUUACACACAGGGGAUAGAUUCAGUGCCUAAAAUCGAGACUUCUAGAAAUUGUCUUAGGGCACUGAUGCUUUGCUACAGCAACCGUGCUGCAACACGCAUGGCCCUUGGAAGAAUGAGAGAAGCAAUAGCAGAUUGUAUGAUGGCUUCUUCAAUAGACUCCAACUUCCUUAAAGUUCAAGUCAGAGCUGGAAAUUGUUAUCUUGCACUUGGGGAGAUUGAAGAUGCAUCCAGGACACAUGUCAUACAGUUAUUGUUCUUAAGGCCUUAUUCUAGAGUUUCGGAAUGCAUGCAUGAAGCUGGCUCUCGUUUGCAACUUAGAACAUCAACUGAUGUUGAGAAAGUUUUGGAAGUAUUGGAAGAAUCUUUAUUGAUAAGUCCAUACUCUGAAAACUUACUCACCAUGAAAGGAGAGGCGCUUUUAAUGCUUGAGAAAUACGAAGCAUCAAUAAAGCUUUGUGAGCAGACUGUUGAUUUGGCUGGAAAGAAUUCUCUUCCCGUAGACGCUAAUACACUUUUAGCUAACCCAGAUUCUCGUGACACUCCCAAGGAUAUAAACUUUAGAAUUUGGCGGUGUCGUCUCAUGCUUAAAUCAUAUUUCCAUAUGGGAAAGCUUGAGGAGGCGAUUGCUUCUCUAGAGAAGCAAGAACAAUUACUAUCUGCUGCAAAAAGAGAUGGAAACAAAGCUCUUGAAUCCUUCAUCCCAUUGGCUGCUACCAUACGUGAGCUGUUGCGUCUUAAGUCGGCAGGGAAUGAAGCCUUUCAGUCUGGACGACACACUGAAGCAGUUGAACAUUACACAGCAGCAUUGUCUUGCAAUGUGGAAUCACGUUCUUUUACAGCUGUGUGUUUCUGUAAUCGUGCUGCGGCAUAUAAGGCUCUUGGUCAAUUUUCUGACGCUAUUGCAGACUGCAGUCUUGCUAUUGCUCUUGACCAAAAUUACUCAAAGGCUAUUUCUAGACGGGCCACGUUGUUCGAGAUGAUUAGAGAUUAUGGACAGGCUGCCAGUGAUAUGCAUAGAUAUGUUAAUAUUCUAACCAAGCAAAUGGAAGAGAAGACCUCUGGAAUUCACGACAGAUUCAGCAAUUUGUCCAAUGACAUAAGACAAGCUCGUAUGCGGCUUUCUGAACUGGAAGAGAAAUCAAGGAAAGAAACUUCUUUGGAUAUGUACCUCGUCUUGGGUGUAGUGCCAUCUUGCUCGGCUUCAGAUAUCAGAAAGGCGUAUAGAAAGGCCGCACUCAAACAUCAUCCCGACAAGGCUGGUCAGUCUUUGACAAGAAACGAGACUAAAGAUGAGAGGCUAUGGAAGGAGAUAGGAGAAGAAGUACGCAGAGAUACCGAUAAAUUAUUUAAAAUAAUAGGGGAAGCGUAUGCUGUGCUUUCAGACCCUGCAAAGCGUUCUCAGUAUGAUCUUGAAGAAGAGAUGCAUAAUGCACAAAGGAGACGUGAUGGAGGCAGCACAUCUGGAGCAGAGCCAGAUGUUAAUUAUCCUUUCAAUAGAAGUAGAAGAAACUGGAGGGAAGGAUGGAGUUCACGUAGAGACCCAUCAGCUCCGAGGUGGUUUGAACAAAACCGAUCGAACAGAUACCCCUUGUAAACUGCGUGGAUAAAAUCAUCAGAUGCCCAGAUUCAUGGAGAAUAUACACACACACACCACACGAUAGGCAUGGAAAGACUUGAGAUGCAGAAAAUUUACUCAGGUAAUGGAGAAAAACAAGAGAUAUGUAUUGUAUAAUCGUUUGGUUCGUGAGGUUAGAGACUUCUCCAUUGCUCUCAGUGUCCAAAACGUUUGAAGAAUGUACAGAUCACAGGAACGUAGCGUUGGUGAUUGAAGGAGGCUUGCAUAUAACAGAUUUCAUUUUUGUUUAUUCUUGUUUAUUUUGGGGUGUUAAGGAUGUCGUGAAGAAAAGACAAUGGUCUCUCUCGUUUGUUGUUUAACUAUUUUGAUUAUAGAUUCUUUCAAUUCAUUGAUUUUUGCAACAAAAAAAAAAACAAAUUCAGACAAAUAUAUUAUGUUUGGCUGUCUAAGUUUGGAGAUUACAUAUUUACAUGUAUAUGCAAAC